AUGAAUGUGUUGAUUUUGGUCAUAAACGACGUCCGUUUCUUUUCUAGUGAUCGCCCAACCCGAAUGGCAAUGGACGAGAUUUUUCAUUUCGAGGACCAAGAAUUUGUCAGCGAUGUUGUUGUGCUCAGCGAUUUCUUCUGCGAAGCUUUGCGUGGACGUGAUUCUCUGCGUUUCUUUGGAGUGAACAUGGGAGAGAAAAAUGCAUGGAGAACAAGUUUUGUGCCAUGGCUACAGAGGAUGAAUCUUGUCACAUACAACGCUCCAAUUGAUAUAAAACAGCUUAUUGAUAGUGUGAGUAAAUCUUGCCGUCAUGCCACUAAGCAAUACAAUUACGAGAAAGAUGGUGGACGCACACAAAUUCACCUCAACAAAAGGACUCAUUUACGUUGUAUAAAAAUUCUGCAAGAACUAAAUGGGAAGCGAAGAAAUCCUCAGUACAAAUCCAUCUCUUUGCGUUCAAUGUUAUACGACAAGUACGACGCCAGCAUGUUUGUUCAUCGUAAUCUCAAAUUGGAUCGUGAAGAACAUGCUAGAACUUUUGUUGACGAAGUAAGCUCUCCGAGCAAAGAAGAGACUAGUUUUUUGAAUGGUCCACUGCCUAACAGCUUACCUCCGCCAUCCUACAAUUUUUCGGUGUAUAAUCCUUACGAAGAUACGUACUAUGAGCCUGGUAGUGCAGUUAACAUGUCGAACGAAGUUGCAGCAAAUUGGAAUCAUGACUACGGAGGAACAUGCGUCUCCUCGCCAUCGAGUAGCUUGGACAUCAAACCCGACUGCAGUCAAUGCCCUGACACCCCUAAUGAAUUCGCUCCAAGUCUAUCUUUCCAAUCGCUGCCGUCUGUCACGAGUUUCACGGAAGAGUUCACUGAUUACUGCGGAAACAGCUCUCGGUUCCAAGAGAUCAUCCUUUAUCAAAGCCAGGAAGCUAAUUUUGGAGACGAGAGAUACGAUGUGAAAGAUGUAGAAAUAGGAUCUGAACAACUGAAUUCCCAUAGUACGCUAAAAAGCAGCGAAAUGAUGCCGAAGGAUGCAAAACUAGAAACAAACCCUUUGCCGGAAGCAACAGUUUCCUCUCAUUCGAACACAAUACACCCGUUUCAGUCGUAUUCACCACCUUUCGCUGCAAACAUUACUCAACAGAGUUUUCCGGAUGAUAUUGUAGCGGAAGUUGCUGUUUUCAUAGGAUAUCCUCGUUCCCUUGAGAAACACGAAAUUCGUCUCGGCAGGCUGAACGUUAUUGAUUGCACGUCAGAUUAUCAAGUGUUUGAUGACGUAUCGGAUCGUCCAUUGACAAAUGAGGACUUCUGCAAGAAUCGGUUUCCUUCAUCGUAUUUCUUCAUUCACGAUACAUUUUACAUCGAUCUGGAGCCGGAAGGAGCACAAGAUAUAACUGUAGAGGUUCGACGUUGGGCUUCAGAGCGAAAAAUUGCUGAAAUAAAGGUGGCGGAUAUGAAUACAACCAGAAUUGUGGAUGUAACGUGUCGUUUUGGUGCGCCAUAUCUUUAUAAUCACGUUGGAGCAUGCGAACAUCUUGUCGUUAUCACCAGAGCUGCUUUGCGAGAUGUUAACCAUCCUUCUGGUCCAUAUCCGGUGCCGAUAUACGAACGCAAUUUCCGUCGAAUAGCAUGUGCUGGCUGCAAGGAGGAGACAGCUGAAUGGAUUGUGUGGGAACAUGAGUGUAUGCCGAGUUUCACACAAUUUUUAUGUGGUUCGUGCUACAAGGAGUUCAAUUUUGACAAGUCUGGAAGAAAGCUUUUUUAUUUCAAGGCUGCACCGUACUAUGAUCGGCGCAGUCGGAGAGCGGGGGUAUUGGAUAUGCAAAGUACGGUGAAACAAGAAAUCCAACGAAGUCGAUCGACCCCACCGAAGAGAAAUCUGCGAAAGGAGGCUGAAGCGAAACGUCGUAUUGACCUCGAAAAUCAACGACUCAUGCGAUCACUAAUGUCCAUAGCGACGCGUCCUAAUGGGCCCACUACUACGAAAUAA